AUUACACAGUUGAUUCUUUUUAUAUACACAGACAAUGGUGCAAGAACAAGGUGGUCAUCCUGUAUGGGGUUCAUAUGCGCAGCGCCUACUAGACCCUCAAUCAGGACUAUGGAGAAACCCUAGUGGAGGUGGGCAUGAUGACAAAGCCCAUCCACCCAUUCAUCCAACUAAAUUUUCUGCUGGAGAAUCUAGGUGGAGCCAGGACCACCAUAGAGUGUAUGAGUUGGUUGUUCGCCAUUUCUUGGCCUGUGUUUCUAAACCUGCUGUUGGGGCUGAAACUACAGUUGAGAUUGAUAUUGCUGGUGAAUCCUUUUUUGCAUGUGGGAGAGUGAUACUUGCAAAAAACUACCUUGACGUGUACCGAUUUGAAUCAUGGGGAGGUUCAGUGAUCCCCACGUACACUUUUGGUCAACAGUUUAUACCAAGAAGUUUGACCCUUGAUUCAGGAGUUACUAGACCUCCUCCCCUUUUAAGUGAGGCUGAUCUAUUGGGUUGUAUGGACAAGGCUGGCAUUGGAACUGAUGCAACAAUGCAUGACCAUAUAAAGAAACUACUUGAUCGAUUUUAUGCAAUUAAAGACUCGAGCACUCGGUUCUCGCCAACUAAACUAGGGGAGGCGCUAGUUAUGGGAUAUGAUGAUAUGGGUUAUGAACUAUGGAAACCAUAUCUCCGUGCUAUGAUGGAAUGUGAUAUGAAAGCUGUUAGCAUGGGAACCAAGAGAAAGACAGAGGUUCUAGAAACUUGCUUGCAGCAGAUGAAAGCUUGUUUUUUAGAUGCCAGGGCAAACAAAGGAAAACUCUUUGAAGCCAUGGCUAUCUUCUUUGAAAGAUCAAAUAGAUCCAGCGGUGGCGAGCAACAAGUAGUUGGAGAUGUCGUGCGGAGAUGUGGACUUUGUCUAGAGUCAGAUAUGGUACUCAGACAAAAACCGGAUGGUAAUUUUAUGGUUGGUUGCUUGGGUUACCCACAAUGCAGAAAUGUUGUCUGGCUACCUGGAUCUCUAUCAGAAGCUUCUGUUACGGAGAAUACGUGCACCAGCUGCGGUCCAGGACUAGUAUACAAGAUUCAGUUUAGAUUUCGCCGGCUGGAAAUACCGCCAAAUUAUAGUGCUCAACAUAUAGGUUGCAUUGGUGGCUGUGAUGAUAUUCUAAGGCAGCUGGUGGGAAUUUGCGGAACUGGUUCUCGCAGUAGUUCAAACACUUUCGGCAGAGGACGAGGAAACCCUACAGCAUCCAGCAGUGCACAGAGAGGCAAUUCCAGAGCACAAGGUUCUUGUGCAUACUGCAGGCAAACAGGGCAUUUGUCAAAUGAUUGUCCUUCACAGGCUUCUCGUAGUUGCACUGCUCGGUCUCAGGAAGUUGACUUGCAAAAUGGAGAAUCUUCAAUCCCUUGUAAUUCAUGUGGAGCGCCUUGCAAUUUGCGCACUGCCAAUACUGCCAGCAACAGGGGAAGAAAGUUCUUUUCAUGUCAAUCACGGGAGUGCAAUUUUUUCGUUUGGGAAGAUACCCUCAGUGGAGGUGAGCGCACAAAUACUUCUGCGUCCACUAGCAGCAGAAGAGGUGGUCGUGGCCAAGGUGCUCCAAAUACCAGUGGUGUGUCAUUUGUGUCAGCAACAGGUGAACCAAUAACUGGCAGAUGUUUCAUCUGCGGUGAUCCAGGUCACUUUGCUAAUGUCUGUCCACGUCGUGGAUGAUGAAUUUUGAAUUCUCUUGCAUUAAAGAUGUUUUUGCAUUGAAUAGGCCAAUCUUAACUCGCAGAAUUAGAUUACCAUUAUGUGUCCUUCGUCACUCUAAUUGUUGGUCUCUUCUAAGUAGGAUGUGAAUGUAACACCUCUUUUGGUGUAUAUAGCAUAGCAGUUUUAGGAGACUUUUUAACUCUGUUCAGUAGUUUCUGUAGUAUAUAUGUAUUGAGACUUUUUUUUAUGGAGUGAAAUGUUAAGCUUGUCACAAUCUCAGAACUCCGGUUUUACAUA